AUGUCUCGUCCCGGAGUAGCUCGUACCGCAUCGACCAACCUUGGUAGUGGAAAUGGUUAUAGAGUGCUUGAUGGCAAGGUUGCCGUCGUCACUGGUGCAUCCAGAGGUAUUGGCGCAGCAACAUGCGAGAACCUCGCAUCCAAGGGCUGUUCCCUCAUCAUGAACUACACCUCCGACUCGUCCGAGUCCAUCACCGUCGAGCUGGCCGAACGUCUUUCAAAAGAGCAUGGAAUCAAGGCGUUGCCCGUACAAGCAGACAUGGGCACCGAGAACGGCCCCGCCCAUCUCAUCGCCACAGCCUUGAACCACUUCGCACACCCCAAGACUCGCAAGCUACAGAUCGACAUCAUCAUCAACAACGCUGGUGUCGCGUCCAACCGUGCUAUCGAGAAGUGUGAUGUUGAGGACUUUGACUUUGUAUACCGUGUCAAUGUCAGAGGCCCACUGUUCUUGAUGAAGGCUGCUAUUCCAUACUUGCCUACUGACCGCAGUGGUCGCAUCGUCAAUGUUAGCAGUGUUAGUGCUAGCUGUGGUUUCAGCGAGCAGAGUGUUUAUGGUGGAUCAAAGGCUGCUGUCGAGGCCAUGACCCGUACCUGGGCUCGCGAGUUGGCUGAGAGAUGCACUGUGAACGCUAUCAACCCCGGUCCCGUUUUGACUGACAUGUGGAGUGGAGUCUCGAAGGAGUUUCAAGAAGGCAUUGCGCCAUGGCUAAAGAACACACCUUUGGCAGCCGUUCGUCCUGGCGUCGACAGUGAGGAUCUGGUCAAGGGUGCCGAAGUGGCAGGAGGUCGUCCCGCCUACGAAUCAGAGACUGCUGGAGUCAUCGCAAUGCUCUGCACUCCUGAUGCCGCAUACACGACUGGCAGUGUGAUCUCAUGCAACGGAGGCUUCAAAUUUAGCGUAUAG